UGAUAAGAAGAAUAUUAGUAUAUUACAAUAUUAAUUUUCAAGUUCAGUACUUCAGUGUUUAUAUUUAUCUGAUUGAAAAAGUAAUUAUUAUUUAAUUAUAUAAUUUAGUUUAAACUGAGUUGUCAUAUUUUUAUUUUUUAUACUUUAUAAUAAUAUUUAAAUCAAAGAAAUGAAUAGUUCCUGUUUAACCAAAACAGAAACCAAGUCACCGUUUUUAAUUGGAGUGGCUGGUGGAACUGCAUGUGGAAAAUCCACUGUUUGCAAAAAUAUUAUAGAGAAAUUGGGGCAAACUAAUUUAGAUGAAACAAGAAGACAAGUAGUGUCAAUCAGUCAAGACAGCUUUUAUAGAGAAUUAAAUGCUGCAGAAAAAAUCAAAGCUUCUAAAGGACAAUUCAAUUUUGAUCAUCCUGAUGCAUUUGAUGAAGUCUUUAUGUUUCAAACUUUGACCGAUAUUCAAGCAGGAAAAACCUGCACUAUUCCAGUAUACAACUAUAAAACAAAUUCUAGGAGUAAGAAUGAGAAUAUAGUCAUCUAUCCUGCAGAUGUUGUGAUUGUUGAAGGCAUAUUAGCAUUUUAUUUUCCUGCAAUACGAGAUCUAUUUCAUAUGAAAUUGUUCGUAGAUACAGAUUCAGAUACUAGAUUAGCCAGAAGAGUUCCUAGAGAUAUCAAUGAAAGAGGCAGAGAUUUAGAACAAGUAUUAAAUCAAUAUAUGAAUUUUGUAAAACCUGCUUUUGAAGAAUUUUGUUUACCGACUAAAAAAUUUGCGGAUAUUAUCAUACCAAGAGGAGCAGAGAAUUUUGUGGCUAUUGAUUUGAUUGUUCAGCAUAUACGAGAUUUAUUAAAUAGUGAACAUUGUACUCAAUACGAACUCGCAGAAGGAUUAGUAGCAGUACAUACAAAUAAUGUUAAUGCAUCUAGGCUACAUUAAUCUAAUUUGACAUAAAAUUAUUUAUAACAAUUUUAAUCUAUAUUUUUACAUUAAAAAAAAAAAAAAAAAUGUAUGAAAUUUUGAGUGAAUAAAACUAUUAACAUUAUUUUAAAACGUAA